AUGCGAACAGAUCUUCCUGACGAGCAAAAUGGAGCAAGCGUCGUAAAUCAGCCCCCAUCCAAACCUGCAACUGCUGAAAGCCAUGUUGACGCAAUUAUUCCGGAAUCCUUGUCUCCGAGUAUUGCCCGGACGGAGCGCUUCGUAGGCGACCUCAAUCCGGAAGCUGUAAUUCGGGAGAAGCUGGAUGUCACAGUUGAGAACAAAUUUCGGGAUCGAAUUGGGCUAUGGAUCAGUUCCUCCAGUGCAGAGAACAAUGAGAAAAACCGAAUAUAUUGCUCCAAUGUGGGCAUAAGUUCGUUAGAUCGCCUGCCUGCGGCCGGAUCGCAGACUGUCGAGUCCAUGCUGUAUUACCGACAUGUAUCCGCAAGCAAAGCUUACGAGCGCCUGCCUCUUUCAACGCGAGAUCAAUUGAUUCCAGUUUAUCUCUCUAAAGUCAAUCAUAUUCUUCCACUUGUUGACAAAGAUUCCUUUCUACUUGCCCACUCGGAGGGUACGGCGUCCGUGUUUCUCGAAAAGGCGAUAUGUCUUGUUGCGGCGAAAGAUAGAGUGGUUGCCCCAUAUCUUCGCCUUGCUGUCGAUGGUCCGCUCAUGUCAUCACGUCAUUUUUGUUCUGAAAUCUACAAAGCGCUUGUUGUCGUCAUAAAUGAGGGGCUUGAACCCGACCGAGUCACUCGGAUCCGUGUACUGGCUUUGAUGUCUUUACACUGCGAGGGUUACGAAGGGGCAGAGUCGGCCUCUAUGCAUCAUUUUCAGGCGAUUCACCAGGCACAAACCGUGGGAUUACAUCUUGAUAGGCCUGGCCGGGUACCCGGUGACACUCUCCCAGAUCUAUUUUGGUGCCUAUGGACCUUGGACAAGAUGCACGCAUCAAUAGGCGGUCGCCCUGUUCUUCUUGCUGAUCGUGAUAUUGGACUCGAGAAGCCUGACAUAAAGUCCACUCAUAGCAGGACCGCGUUUCAAAUUUGGCCCGCUGCAGAUCAUACAGUGGGCUGGGAAGGAGACUUCCCAAGUUUCGAAGAAAUUAUAGGCGAUAAUGUACAACAAGAUCUGGAUUUUGCUACGCUCGUUCCCUAUGCACUAGCGUUGUCCAUGGGGGUAUCAUAUCAACAACUCCGGUCGAGCAAACUUAUUACCCAUUUUGACCGGGCCAAGGCCAGCUUGGAAGCUUGUUGUUCUCUGUUAGAAGAAGUAGGUUUCUACUGGUAUUCUGCCGAAGCAAUGGCACGGCUUGGACAAAAGGCGCUGCAUCAGAUCCGAGAAGUGAGGCGUGGGCACCCGCGACACAGCAGGGAUUCCAGGCCCUCGAGAGCACCUCAAAACGUGCCCUUCGUUUCCAGACGUUCUGAGGAACCCGCCUCGUGCUUAUCGUCUCAACUCCAUCAGAAUCAUAAUCCUCCUCUCAGCUACGUGCCUUCCCUUGAGCCGAUCCCGGGACCUGUUUCGCCUGACCCUUUAGACUCUGACAACGGUGGGAUUCUGGCCGCGGUGUCUAGUGGAUUUGCCGAUAUUGACAUGCUUGUUGGGGACUUUCUGGACCCCUCUCUCCCAACGAACUUUUGGGAUCCUGUGUUUUUCUCCGGGGAUUAUACAGGAACGUGA